AUGUCUUCCGCAUCGGCCACCGCCCAAGGCUUCUCCGUGCCUCUCGACACCGACAACCCUCUGGCCCUCGACAACGACUUCUCCUUCGACCCUGAACCCCGCAAUCCCGCUGCCGGCCAGCAGCGACAGUACCAGCAGCAGCAUCAACAACAGCAGCGCUCAUCCAUCGACUCCAACCUGCUGUCGCCUUUCCUAUCCCGCGUCAACAGCGACUCUCUCUCGCCCGCGAACCCUUCAGAAACGCCUGCCGGGUCCACCUCAACCUUGAGCAUCUACCAGUCCAGCGACUUCAGUGACUUUGACGACGACCCUUUUUUCGGUGCCAACUUUACCAAUCCCGACGUCGGCACGCCGUCUUUCCUCGACGACCAGAGCGUAUGGGACCUCUCACUCAACAACACCCCACCAGUUGAGCCUCAGCAGGAACACAAUGCCAACGACGACUCUUAUCCUCUAACACCGGACCAAACUGCCUCUGUCCACACACUGUCGCCGCGAAGUGAAGAGAGAACGACACUCACGCGACCCGAUCAGCAUCAGCUACCAAGCUCCAUCUCACCGCAGGAGCUCCAGAAAGCCUUCAAACCCAACCCCCUCGUCAUCCCGCCGCCUCAGUUGACCCCAAGCCAGACAGACAGUGGACGAUCCAGCGAGGACGGCCUGGCCCCCGCUCCUGUCGAUAUGCGGUGUCAGAGUCCUCGUGUCACCAUCUCAGUCUGGGACAAGGACAACAACGGACCUGUCCACACUGUUGAGCGUUCUUUUGAAGAUAGCCCCUCCACGGUGCGUGGCGGUCUCGAAUCCGCAGGAGACUUGAUCACAUCGUCUGUAAACCAAGGGCAAAGCCAAGCUGCUAUGGCUGCCACUGCUACUAGAGAUUCCAUGGGCCAAUGGCGGCGUGACCCUGCCACCGGCCUCGCUGGCUUGGACCCAAAGAGGCGGCCUGGAGAGGAGAUUGCGAGCAUCAAUGAGAUUAUCAAUCGCCGUGAGAUUGAAGAGAAGAACCAGGAAGUCGGCAAAUGGCUUACUGGCAACCUCGAUGAGACUAGCCUCCCAGACAAGUCCGCAGAUAUCAGCGCCACAGAAGAAGAGAACCGUAACAGCAACGAUGGCAUACCUCUUGGUGACCAGACUGAGAACAAAUACAUUCCCGGGCAAACCUAUUAUUCCCCCAAUGGGGCUGGACAGAUGUCGGACGAAGACUAUGAUAUCAUCUAUGCCAAUCGCGGAUGGGCUGAUGCUCCCAUUCUACACUCCAUCAGAAGUGGUGGCCAGAGCCGCCAUCAACCCCAGAGCUCACAAGCUGCCAUUGACCGCUUUGAGAGGAUGUGCCGUGACAAUGAUUCCAUCAUCUCCCGAGCCGCAACCUGGGGCACACGCCGACGCAGCUUGCCCAGCGUCGUCGACCUCGAUAUUGAGGGCAUCACUAGUGGUAACUUCUUGAAGAAGCUCUCCCUUAGUCGAGGUGGCGAUAAAAGCAACAGAUCCGGCAGUCUCUUGAAAGACCUUCGCGGCCUCGUCCGGCGCCCUAGCGGCUCUCACAUGCGAAAGCGCUCUCGCGGUGGACAAGGCGAGGCUGUGGAGGAGCAGCCUGAGCCUUCGCCAACCCAGAAUAAGCGCGAUAGCAUGCCGCAUCUAUCUCCCAUGACACGCACGUCCAGCUGGGGCAAGAAGCACCAGACUCCCAGUAUUAACACCGCCUUAGUCUCAAUGGGCCAGAACUUUGCCUCCAUUGGUACCACGCACUCGCGCGCUGGGUCUAUCAGCACGAUUCCGACUGCGCCCUCCUCCAAAGGUCCUCUGUCCGGCCUCAGUGUCAGGAAUUCAUUGAGGCGGCCGCGAAGCAAAUCAGACUUGCCCAAGCCAUCGCCAUCCUCCUCUGCCAACAACAAUGACAACGCCGGUGGUGCGCACUCUAGCCUCGCCGACAUGUGGAGGAAGUCGGGCGGACCACCUGUGGCGGUUCUCAGACAGGCUCCCGUCGAUCCAGACGAGGAUGACGACGACGACGACGAUUUCUACGAAGACAACGACAUGAAGAUGAACCCCAACAUCAUUGACGAUAUUGCGCCCAACUUUGCCGGCUUCCAACAGCACAUCCAGACUUUGAACCCGGGACUACCACCAACUCAUGGCUACCUCGUAGAUCGCAUUGCUCACCAGCAAAUUAUCAGAUACAAGCAGCUGCUCAACAAUAAGGUCAAGCAUCUUGGCCUCGGUGCCAACUGCCCUUGCGGCUCUCUCUGCUUAGCACUUGGCGGCUCAGCCAAUGUACUGACCGGAAAGGGAGACAGCAAUGGCACCAAGGGACUGGACACCUUGUCGGCUCAUUACGACGACGACGACGAUGUCACACCGACUGAGGGUGCCAUUAACCAGGAAAGCUUCCCCACCGACAUUCCCAUGCCGCCUACGCAGCACCUGCCGGCCGAGUUCGAAUGUCAGUUAUGCUAUCAGAAGAAGAAGUUCCUUAAGCCGUCCGACUGGACCAAGCACGUGCAUGAAGACGUGCAGCCCUUUACGUGCACGUGGGACAAGUGCCGGGAUCCCAAGAUCUUCAAGCGCAAGGCCGACUGGGUCCGUCAUGAAAAUGAGGGCCAUCGUCACUUGGAGUGGUGGACGUGCGAUGUCGAGGACUGCCGGCACACAUGCUACCGCCGCGACAAUUUCCUGCAGCACCUUGUCCGUGAGCACAAGUUCCAGGAGCCCAAGGUGAAGACCAAGGCGGCCAUGAAGAAGGCCGGCGCAAUUGAUCCGACAUGGCACAAAGUUGAGCAGUGUCACGUGGAAACGAGCAAGCAACCACACGAAGAAGCGUGCAGGUUCUGCGGCAAGGUCUUUCCGACGUGGAAGAAGUUGACUGUCCACCUGGCCAAGCAUAUGGAGCAAAUCUCGCUUCCUGUGCUGCGCUUGGUGGCGGCCAAGGCAAAGGAACUGGCGGCGGAUACCAUCAUCAGCCCAGUCCAGGACCCCCCUCCACGGCAUGACAUUCCACUCAUGUCAGAGCAAAAAUCACCUGCAGCCAUUCGGUAUCCAGAAAAUGGCCAGCAGCAACAUCAGCUUUCGCCAGCGCCGCCAAUGGCUCCUCAGCAGGCAAUGCAGUAUGCACAGGCUCCUAACCAGUUUUAUCCCUUGAUGCCCCCGGGACAACCGUAUCAACCCUUCUAUUCUCCUCCUCAAUUCGAAAGCAUAGGCCAAAGCCUGCACUCGACCCAGUCAAUGGCCCCCAGCCCGCUCGCCUACGACCCCGGCCGGCGGGUUCAGGACCUGCCCGUCACUUCGGCUCCGUAUGUGCAGGGGUCGAACCCGUAUACCGCCAUGACAAUGGCAAAUGAGGUGGAGCCAUUCCCACCCCUGAAUGCGCUGGGUCUGCAAAACGUGCCCGUCCCGGUAAACGCUGUGCCCCCUAUGGGCGCGCAGAUGGCAUACGACAACAUGAUGGACCCUUCAAGCGUGCACGGCAGCCCGUUUAGCGGGCAUGAAACAUUAUCGACUUAUUCACACUCUCCUCACCAGGGCGCCAUUCAUCUAGAUACCAAGAGCUGGGAUGAUAGACAAGCCUCUGGAUAUUAUUGA